CCUAGGAGCACGAGUCGACAUCGUCUCCAAUUGCUGUGACCUUUUCGCAGAGCGAUAAUUGGAAUCUUCGGAAAAAUACCGUUUGCUGCCUGCUGCCUGCUGCCAUGUCCCAACCAACCCAAAAGAUCUAUCGCAGAAAGCUAGUCAUCAUUGGAGACGGCUUUAUUGGUAAAACAAGUCUACUUGAAGUCUUUACGAAGGGUUACUUCCCAACACAUUACAUCCCCACAGUCUUCGAAAACUAUGUCACAGAUUGUCGUGUAGACGGCAGGUCUGUACAGUUGUCAUUGUGGGACACAGCAGGCCAGGAAGAUUACGACAGACUGCGGCCACUGGCAUACUCAAAGGCAAAUGUCAUUAUCAUCGGCUUUGCUGUUAAUUCAAGUGAUUCAUUUGAAAAUGCAACACAAAAAUGGGCUGAUGAGGUACUUGAGAAGUGCACGAAUGUACCCGUAAUUUUAGUGGGACUAAAGAAGGAUCUCCGAGAAGACCCAAUUGCCCUCGAAGAAUUACGGAGCAAAUCACAAGAUUUUGUUAACAACAGUGAAGCGUCGGAGAGGGCACGCAGCAUGAGGGCAAGACAGUACCUCGAGUGUUCGUCCUUGACAGGGGAGGGAGUAGACGACGUGUUCGAAGCCGCAACUAGGGCUUCGCUACUCACAGAUAAUGAGGAAGACCCUAGCGGAUGUUGUGUUUUAUUAUGAAAAUACUAGAUAAUCUAUUAAUUGGAGGGG